AUGCUCUUGCGGCAAAAGGUGUGUCAGGGCGGCUCCUCAGUUGGGCACGACUACCUUCGCGACCGCACAGCAAAGGUAAGGUUCCAGGGCCACGUCUCCAGCAAGCAGGGCUUCGAGAACGGCACCCCGCAAGGGGGCGUCCUCAGCCCAACGCUUUUCAACGCCCUCAUGGAAGCCCUUGCCGGGCUUCCGCUAGGACGCAACGUCACCCUACUCAGCUACGCCGACGACCUCGCGUUAGUCGCCGUAGGUAGAGGCAACAGGCUCUCAUGGGCACAGAAGGCCCUCGACUCAGUCACCGCUGCCUGCAGAGACCUAGGUCUCUCGGUUUCAGCCGGGAAGUCGAGGGCGAUGUCGAUCCUCGGCCCGACGCCUGAGCAGAGCCUGAGGAUACAGGGUGUACGACUCGAGUGGUGCACAGCGUACCAGUACCUUGGAGUGUGGAUCGACCACAGGCUCACCUUCUCGAAGGAGGCUGAGUACCUGAAGAGUAGGAUGAAGUGCCGGCUCACCGUGAUGCGGAGGAUGACGACCACGAGAGCGGGGGCGACGCACCGAGUCCUUAAACUGUAUUACGUACAGGCCGUCCGUACCCUCGCGGACUACGCGGCGGUGGCGAUGGUGUCCCUCUCAGACAGCGUCGCGACUUCUCUCGAGAGGUGCCAGAACGACGCGCUGCGGCAUAUCCUCGGAGCGCCCAGGUGGACGAAGCUAGAGGCUCUGCGAGCAGAGGCUGAGCUCCCUCCCCUGAUGCUCCGGAUCGAACAGGUGGCAGCCGCGUGGGCAGCCAAAACAGUCGUCAGACUGUCCGACACCCCUGCGAGACGGAGGUUACUAACCUCUCUAGCACAGGAUGCCAGGCUUUUCACCGACAGGACGUGGGCACGAGGGAUAGCGAGAGCGACCCGACUCUCACUCCCGGACGUGGACCUGGCAGGAAGAGGACCGGAUGAGAAGGCAGAGGGCUACGUCGACCCGCCGCCAUGGGCUGCGGAUGUGGCUCGCUUCCACAUGGACCCCUUGCCUUUCAGCAAGCAGCAGUGCUCACGCGAGACCUUACUCGCCCACGCAAGAGGAACCCUUGCCCGCACAUCUUCGGAUGGGGCAAGUGUAUACUACACGGACGGAUCCGUUGACCGAGAGAGAGGCAGAACAGCGGCGGCCUUCGUGAGCGGCGAGGAGACACACGGUUGGCGGACCGGCGACCACUGCUCUACCCUUCAGGCAGAGCUAGUGGCACUCCUGACAGCGCUCCAGCACGCCCUACGCACCGACAACAAGGACAUCAACGUUUACACUGACUCGAUGACAGCACUCCAGACGCUCAGACGAGACAGGGUACGUGACAACAUCAGACUGGUGACUAUGACACUAGACACUCUGGCACGCCUGCGACGCGACGAGCGAGCCGUGACGUUCGCCUGGAUACCCAGUCACGUGGGUGUCCCGGGCAACGAGGCGGCGGAUGCAGCAGCCAAGCAGGCGCUGGACCAGGACCGGAUCGCGAUCGAGGUCCCUGUUAGCUUACAACAGCUAAAACGCACAGCGAAGAGGACCACAGGAAGGCGCGCGCUCGCGUUGGUGAAGGACGCUGAGGCAACCUCAGCGUCCCUUCAUUGGUACGCCAACGCCACCGGCUACGAGACCGUUCCUCCCUCCUCCUUAGCGAGGAGGGAUAGAAUAAUGAUCCACAGACUGCGACUCGGCUACCCGACCGUUCGCUCCCAUAGCGGACUACGAGGGCGAGUUGUGUCUGCACUGCCUGGAGGAUGCGGACGACCCCUCGUCCACUACCUCCUGGACUGUGCGCAGAACAGGCCCGCUAAGGACGAUGGCGGCCAGGAGGUUACACCCUUGCGGAGAGAAGAACAGCUGCAGCAAGGAUGGUACGGUACCUGA